GUCUCCACUGUCCACCGACCCUGCGACCCCGCGCAAUGGAGAAGUUCAGUGUUUUGCAGCUCUUGGAACAGGCGGGCCGUGCCCAUGAAACGGAGCUGGCCGCACUUCAAGAGGCCAACACGCGUUUGACGAAGGAGCUCGAAGAGCUUCUGCCAGGACCGAAAGCCUCGGCUUCGGCCUCCAUGGAGGCGCCACCGCAGACUCCACCGAAGCUGCACAUCGCCCACCUCAUCGCAGGACCUAGCCGUUUGGGCAGCCGAGUAAGCUUCGACGAGGGAGGCGUGGCGAAGAGCAUCUCGGUGGACCAGAGCCCCUCCGCGGAGCACACGCCCAGAGCCCUGAAGUCAGACGAGGAAGGGGAGGAGGAAGAUGCCAGUCCCAGACCUUGGAGUGUUCCGUUGCCGGGCGCGGUGCUAUCUGCGCCAGCUGCAGGUGACGCAGAUGCUCGUCGCGCCUCAGACUUCUCCCAAGUGGUGCCGCAGGCGGAGGGCGAGAGCCCGCCUCGGCUGCUGUCACCGAGCCGCACCGCCGACACCGAGGCCUUGGCUCGUCUACGCAACGAUCAGUUGGACACGCAAGCGCCAUUGAAGUUGGCAUUGGCUUGGAGAAAGAAGAACUCUGGCACGAUGUCGAAAGUGGCCAGGACUGUGACAAGCAACACCCAAAAACACCUCAGCCUGCACGACGACGACGAGUGCUUCCUGUGCCGCAUCCUCGACAGGCUGGUCUUGGAUCCGAGCAGUCCCAAGCGGAUGGCGUUCGAGGUCUUUGGUUUGGUUUUGAUCGUCUAUGACCUCUUUUGGCUUCCCAUGCAGGUCUUUGAUCCACCGGGGAGUACCUUCACGGAGGUCAUGGGCUGGAUGUCCAGUGUCUACUGGGCGGUGGACAUUCCCAUGAGCCUCCUCGUGGGACACCUCUCGCGCGGCAUCAUUGAGAUGAAGGUCCGGGUGAUCGCACGCUUGUACCUUCGAGGAUGGUUCUGGUUCGACCUCACGGUGGUCUCAGUGGAUUGGGUCUUGAACAUCAUGGAGGUGGUCAACAACACCAAGAACGUGGGAGGCAUCAGCGCCUUACGCUUGGGCAAGGGCGUCCGAGUGCUGCGCGUCUUCCGGCUGAUCCGCGUUCUCAAGGGCGGCGGCAUCCUACAGGAGCUGUUGGAUACGAUCCAUUCGGAGCACUGCAUCAUCAUCGUGGGCAUUGUGAAGCUCUUGGCUUUGAUCCUUUGUGUGAACCACAUCAUCGCCUGCCUUUGGUUCUGGGUGGGAAGCUCCGAACACGCGGUGAACUGGAUCUCCGAAGCGGAGAUUCUUCCAAGAACGAUUGCUUACAAGUAUGCGACAUGCCUUCACUGGAGCUUGACGCAGUUUACGCCUGCCUCGAUGGAAGUCUAUCCCACUAAUGAGGAGGAACGUACCUUCACGGUGUGUGUCAUCGUCUCGGCCAUGGUGAUUUUCUCCUCGUUCAUCUCGGCGAUCACCAACGCCAUGACGCAGCUGCGGAACUUGAACAAAGAAAAGAUCGAGCAGUUCUCCCUGUUGCGGAAGUAUCUCACGCAGUGUAAUGUCUCUGGAGGCCUUCUCGCACGCGUGUUGCAAUCCAUGAGCUCCGCGAUGAACAAGAACAAGCGACGGGUCCAUGAAGAAGACAUCAAGGUCCUCCACUUGUUGCCCUUGAGCUUGCGACAGGACAUGAACCAAGAGGUCUACAGCCCUCAUUUCGUGGUCCAUCCCUUCUUUUCGGUCUGUGCCUCCUGUUUCGACACCUAUGUGCGGAAGCUCUACUCCGCGGGUUUGAGGACGAAGUUCGUCCCCUCGAACCAGGAGAUUAUCACCUCUGGGGAGCAGGCCAAGGAGAUGUUCUUCAUCAUCACUGGCAGUAUGAACUACAAAUCUGAUCGUCAGCUCUCACCGCUCCCUGUGACCAUCCAAGAAGGCACGUGGCUCGCGGAAGCUUCCUUGUGGCUUCAAUGGCAGCACAACGGCCUUGGCAACACGGUCACGGAGUGUGACGUGUUGGUCCUGGAUGCCGCCAAAUUUCAGGAGAUCUUCAAGGACGACGUCACGGUGAAGCACUACGCCGUCGCUUUCUGGGAGCAUUUCAUGUCGAAUCCCGCGGAUCUCACCGAUGCCUGGGCCGACGAGGAUUUGCUCUUCCAAUGGUCCACCGAAGCCCUACAGACGGCGGAGCAGUGUAUGGGUAGCGUGAUCGAGCCGGACCACCGGAACACCGCCUUUUCGCGGCACGUGACCCAGAAGCGCCGCUCCAGCAGCGCCAUGCUGGAUGAGACCAUCCUCAAGGACUACCCUCGCGCACACUCGGCAGACGCGGUGGAGAUGAGUCCAUGAGGUUCGAGGACCGAGACACGAUGAGCGGCAGCUUUUUCUUUGGCCCUGCUUCUUCGGGUCCUAAAAGUGCUACACUACGUGGCACUGGACCCGUGGCCGCGCGUCUGACGCGCUCAGCUUGCUUUUUAGUUUGGGACUUUUCUUGGCUUGGGAAGAGUUUGGUUGCUUC